AGUACCACAUCGUUUAUGUAUAGAUGUACGUACGUCCGUUAAAAGGAGAGAUAGUUAACGACGAGUAUGAGAAACGUUUGACAGGUCUGAUAGUCAGUGAUAAUGCUCUUCCCAAUUGAUGUUAAUCUUAAGUGAAUCAGUUUUGUUCAUUGAUCGUGCUGAGACUGGCUUGGCAUUAUUUGAUAUUCUUGCUUAUGAACAGACAGACUGCGAGAGUCAGAAGCGAAUUCAAUGAAUCGUUCUUCUCUUACUUCGACCAGUUAGAAAGGGUGGAAAGUGGAGUGGAUGCGGUAAAGAAAAAAGGGGGAAGGGUUCGUCGAAAUUAAAUUCUAGAAAAUGUAGCAUUAACGUAAAAAAAAAGAAAAAAAAAAGUUGAAAAAAAAAACGAAGACGUUUCGUUAUCGAAGACGAUUAAAAAAAAAGGGUUACGUGUGGUUAUUCGCGAAUGCUCUCGAUUUGUUACAUUCGUUAAGGAGGGUGGUGCGGUGGUGGUGGAUGAUCAGGAUGUUGAUCGAGGACGAAAGAAGGAGGAGGAGAAGAGAAGCUACGACGUUGACAACGAAAAGAACGCGUGCGUGUUUUAAAUACGGACAGGGAUGCCGCAACGCAAUAUCAACUUGUUUAGCAAUUUUCCUGAUCGUUUUGAUGACGGUCAGCGAGCUUGUCGAUGCGAAGCAAUUAGACAAACUUAUUUUACAAGAAGGAUGCACGUUGGAAGGACUGCAUCCACUUCUCAUCGUUACUUACAAAAAUAUCACCAUAUCGGUAGACAAAAUUACGGUACCUCAUAGAGAACGCGUUAUGGUGAGGUGUCGUGAACUUGGAAAAUACAAGUUAAUCGGUGAUCCAUCGUUACAUUGUCGUAAUGCAACGUGGAAUGGGAAAUUACCGUCUUGCGUGCCUACAACAGCUAUUUCCAAUUAUACCGAAGACGUUCCACCGACGAUUGUUUUCGGAUUACCAGCAGGUUCAGCUGCUAUCGAACCCACUGGUACACUUGCAGUAUUUCCUGGAAGCAUACUUCAUUUGGAGUGUCUUUUUGCUAGACGAUUAGGUAAUCCAGAAUGGACCUGGACGUCGACUUAUCGUCAAUAUUUAACGGGAUGGGCGAUCGCUGCUAAAGAGAGAGAUUGGAAGUAUCGAUUGUCAAUUUAUUACGCUAAAGUUCAGGAUUCUGGAGUAUACACGUGUUCAACCCCACGAGGUCUAGCAAAUUCUAUAAAAGUUCACGUCGUUGACGUCCAGUGUCCAGUAAUAAGUUUAACAGAGGGACCGUUGAUCGGUAAAAUCGAGGGUGCACGAAUGGGUCAUAGUGCUAAUUUCGAAUGUCCCCUUGGAUAUAGAUUAGAUGGUGCUUCGAUGAUAACGUGUCAGUAUAACGGAAUGUGGUCAGGAGAUAAACCACGUUGCGAGGCAAUAACCUGUCCACGGAUAGAUCUUCCCAGUGAUACUUGGUUACAACUACUAGAGCACAACAAUAGUUUUGGAGGCAGGGCUGUAUUCGCUUGUAUGUGGGGUCAUAAAUUAAUGGGAUCUCAGAGCAUCAAGUGCGAAGGGAAUGGCAUGUGGAACGGUACCAUGCCAAACUGUUUGGAGAUCACGUGUCCGUCGCCAUCGUUACCACGAAGUGGUCAAAUUGUCGAUCAAAUGUUACAAUCUAAUCGUAGAAAACAUCAUCGUAAUCGUAUCUAUAAGGUCGGAGCUCUCGUUAAAUUUGCCUGUUUACCUGGUCAUCAAUUGAUAGGUGAAGCGUCUGUAAUUUGCACCGAAAAUGGCACCUGGUCGCAUCAAUCACCAGUUUGUAAAGUAAGAUGUCCAUAUCCUGGUGAUCCUCCGCAUGGUCGAAUUUCACCGUUGAAAUUUUGGUAUACACCUGGAGAUAAUAUACAAGUGACAUGCUCUCCCGGUUACGUCACACCUUUAGAACCUGUCAGAAAGCCUACGUGUCGAGAAAAUGGAAUAUGGAGUGCACCACCACCACCAUGUCGUUCAUACAAAGAUGUUUGAUCUAUAACCGCGACAUUGGAUUUCUUUCGACGAUCGAUCGAAGACACAAAAAAAAAAAAAAA